GCCAAAAUGUCUCCGGCCGUGACUUGAACCGGUGACGUUUUAACGUUACGUGAAAUCCACAAAAACCUCCACGUGACAUCCUCAAAAAACCCCACGUGACGUGAUCAGAAACCCACGUGACGUCAUCAGAAACCCACGUGACGACAGGUGAAUGUCGGGGAGCGGGCCAGCUCUACCUCUCAGAUAACCCAGUAAAGUUUCCCCCGGUAACCCGGACUACUCCUGUAUUCUACGAUGAGACUAAUCAGGAGAUAUUCGCCAUGUCGGGAGACCUCGUUACUAUCGACAACGCGAAGGAUCACACCGAACACACACUGACGAUAGAUAACGCAGUGAACAUCAUCAGUAUCAAGUACUCUAUAGACCACCGGAUAUUAGCCGUGCAGAGGAGCAACCAGUCUGUAGACUUCCUUAACAUCCAGGAAAAUACGGAGUUCAGUCAGUGUUGCAGAAGAGGGUCAGGGAAUAUAAUAGGAUUUAACUGGACCUGCCAGAACGAGAUAGUCUUCAUCAAUCAUCAGGCUAUUGAGUUUUAUCAGAUUAAUGCAAAACAAGGCAAAGUUCGUCACAUCAAAUCGUACUCAAUAAACGUUAACUGGUUCGUGUACUCGCCCCAGUUCUGUGUUCUGGUGGUGUCCUCUACUCUGUGUGGUAACAUUCUCCACCCUUUCUACUUCAAGACUCCACAACAUGGCACCAGUAAUAUUCACAGACUGCCCAAGUUCCAGGUUGAACUACCCCCAGCCGGACCCAACCAGCGUUCCCAACUCCUAGAAAGGCAAGUGUCCAUUAUAACUCUGCACGGUAAGCUGUUCCUAGCUAUAACCAAGAGUCCUCAGCUCGGCCAGGAGAGUUACAAGACCACGGAGAUUUGUCUGUACGUCUUGGCUACCGAACAAAUCGUCAAUAAGGUGGCUACCCUGCAGCUAGGUAUCACAGGAAGAUUCGCCCUGAACUGUGUUGACAACAUGAUAGUAGUCCACCAUCAGAACUCUAAAUCUAGCAUGUUGUUUGAUGUGUGCUGGAGUCCCACCUCUAACGAGAGUAAUAAUGUUCUGCCUCUCUCUACUACCAGGACUCCUGCUUUAAAGAUUCCUAACUUUAACCUCAAAACUGAGGGUCAGGUAGUGACAUUCCGCCCUAUUCUGCAGCCAAUGAGUAUAAGUCAGUUUACCCACGAGGAGAAACCUUGUGAGCUAUAUUCCUCCACUUGGGUGGUAUUUCAGCCUGGAAUCAUCAUUGACGCUAAACAAGGGUUGCUAUGGGAACUGAAACUGUCCGUCUCCAAGCUAUCAAUGCACAUGGUGUGCAGUAAACCCUCGUUGAUAAAACUGCUGCUCCACCGUCGGAACUACAAGAACACUAUAUUCAGCACUCUGCGCUCUCUUAUCUUGACUCAGAGCACCCCGUUGAGUGUGCUGGGAGAUAUAUUCGAUAUCUUGAACAGUGUUAUUGACGAUGUACUUAUCAAUCAGGACGAGAUGUUAGAAGAAGUGUUCAGCCCCCUCCUCACCAAAGAAGAGCUGUCCCCCAGCUACAAGAUCUCCGUUAUAGUAGAAUACAUCCGCUCUCUCCGUCUCCACAAGCUCCGCAUCAGCUACUACUACUACGAGAUAAUAAUCCAGAUCCUGAUCCGGUGUAACCAACUCUUCAAACUACACCAGCUCGUUCAGUUCCAGGUUCUGGGUGACUCCGCACCUCUUGCCUGCCUCCUCCUCUCUCUUGACAAGACGUAUGAGCCUGCAUUCCUGCUCGGUAUUGACAUGUUAAAGCGGCUGAAUGAUACGAGCGGUAUUGUGGAGGCACUGCUGCAGAAGAACGAUGUGACGGCAGCUAUACAGUACGCGUGCGCGCAGAAUAAGGAGGAUACGUUGGACUGCGCUAAGUUCCUCCAGUCUGCGGCAGAUAGUGGGGAUAAUGUGCUGUUUUAUUCUACCUACAAGUUCUUUUCCACGCGCAAUGAGCGACUCCGGAAGAGCGCCGAGUUUUUACCGGAGGACGGGGUGGAUGAAUUUGUUGCUCUUUAUAAAUCACUUUUUAAUGAGUUGUAGAGCAUUUCCCGCCUAGAUUAGCUGGCUUAAUUACGCGGGAUUUAUUUUUAUUUUUUUAUUAAAUCUUUUGAAAAUAAGACCGUACAAGUGAUGAUUAUUGUUCUGUAGAAAGUGAUCAC